AAUAUCGGCGUCGUUCCGACGGAAUAAGAAGUUAUUACAACUCGUCAGGAUAUCUCGCUUUAUGGAAAACGCGAUAUGCAUCUCGAUUACCCGACCGUACUCUAAUGAAACUCGAAUUAAGUGGAUUUCGAAGGGAAACUAUAUUUCCUACCCGUUUCGCGUCCACCGCCAUCUCUGUCGAUGAUUCGUUGAAAAUUCCACGAAAAUUUAAGAUCUUCGAUUUCUCUCCUCUUAAAAUUGAUACGGAUGGAAACAGCCAGUGAUUAAAUCGCGCAGACACUACAAGAAUUUGGGGCUUCGACAAUUUCAGGGUAUCAGAAUCUGGGACUUUGAGAAUUUGUGGAUGUGGAAAGUCGAGAAUUGAGUGGAGAGAUCUGGGAAUUGUUGUAUUUGGAAAUUCGAGGAAUGGAUAUUUCGCUGUUUCGAAGUAUUUGAAAACCUGGAAGCCUGAAAAUUAAAAAAUUUCACGUACCGCAACUUUGUGCGAAUAACGUGUAACGACGCUUGAAGCGUAAAAUCAUACUGCGAUCCGUUUUAGAGGUACACGUGGAUGGAAAUGUGAUACGACUUUAGUUUAAGGGAUCAAGAUUAAUCUCUAGAGAAUCCCGAACUCGCUCCCGGGAUUUUCUACGGCAAAUCCUGUGGCGCAUGACUGAAUUAAUUAUAGCCAAGUAAAGAGAGACGCUUACUAUUGAUUAAGUCGACAAUUAUGUUGUCGGGAUAAGUUGAAUUAACACUGGACGGAAUGAUCGGGUGAAAAAUGUCCUCCUAAACUUAAUGAUGUGUGCAAAUAUCGCCAGGCGUUGUAAUAUCGAACAUCUACACAUUUACACAGGAAUAUCGCCACGCGUUGUAUCGCCACGCGCGAACGAUACACUUUGUCCAACGCUAUCGUUGCAUCAUUCGACCAAUAAAGAAUUUAGUCUGUCGCUAAAAAGAUCAUCGCAGUUUGAACUCAACUUCUUGCUCGCUCUCAUAAAAUAUCAGCACACUUUUAGAUACAAGGAAGAGAAAAUUACCAGAUAAUUUUUGAUCAAGUAAGGUCGACUUUAUUUUCAGAAAAGAGAAGUUGUAAUAUUUUUUUGUUCUCGUAAUUAAUAACUCGUUGAAACGAGUUGAAGUAUUCGCAAGAAACGCAACGCGAAAGUUACUUCGAGUCCGGUUUAAAGUUUGCUCGGCGAUAGCUUCGUAUCAAUUAAUUAAUCUAUCCUAAAGCGCUCUACGAUAAAGUUUCGCUACUAAAUGUUUCGACCGACUUCGAAUUUUCUCUCGCGUACACGCUUCUUAGCUGUGACCAACUAUCGUCCAAAUGUUCUUUAGAAAUUAUCGCACGAUCGAGGCUAAUUUCGCUAAUUGGAACUGACGUAAUGUUCUUCGUAUUUUUCAAACUCGUUAAGAUAUAUUUAUUGAGAUAAUUCAAUUUAUCGUGUCGAAUAAACAACAGUUGUGAUUUACAGCCGUUUAUAGGGAGAUAUACGUACGUUUGCUCAUAAAUUUCAGCGAAGUUUGGAAACUGGGGAUUAAGGGAUUUGUCCAUGUUAGAAUAUAGGGAUUCGAUACUUUCGAGUUUCGAGAAUGUUGGGAUACGCGAAUUCUGAUGCUUAACAAUUUUCGUAAUUCAAGAUUGUCAUAGUUUUCAAAUGUUUAUGAAUGUGAGUGUGAAAAGAUUUCUUCGUCCGUGACGUUUUCGUUCGUAGAGGAAGAACAUCUUUUAGACUGGCAGUACACGAUCGCAAGAAUGGUCGACAGUGGUGAGAAAUUGCACGAUACCUGCAGCUGUGUGUUCGGCACUGUUUGCCGAGGCAACGUAGCACCGUUGACCGAACAGUUAUCAAAGAGAAACCCGCGAUCGCCGCGAUAGAAGAAUACCUUCGAAACCGAUCGAGAAUUCUGCACCGUGCAAACUUCGAUUAAUCAAACUGCCAGCCAGUGAAUGAAACGUGUCUGCUAGAUUGUCGGAGGAUUAAAACGUUUCAAGCAACAUUAUUUAUUGCGAGCGUUAUGAAAUUUCGACAUUUUUUACGUCGUAAAUAUCCGAGUAGUAGAAAAGUCACGUAGGAGCUUAAAAAAUGUUGCUUUCGUUCGAGUUCUCCUUUCGGAGCUUGUAAAAUACAUCUUGGAGAUUUAUUAUGCUAGAUUACGUGACUUUUACAGCGUAGCGACGUUAUGGAAUUUUAUUUUCUGCAUAAAAUACGCUUGAUCCAGGUGUUUUGAUUUACAUUUUUGUCCCGUAUCUUUUUGCGAAAUAAAACAUAACAAAUUCCGACGAAUUUCAACAUUUAUUUUUCUCUGAUUUUUCGCGGGACACAGAUAUUGGCAAUAUCAGUAUUUUAUUAUUUUUACGAAAAUUGUAUGUUUACUAAGCUCGGAGCUCUCUGCCAGAUUUCCGAAUUGUAUGAAAGCUUUAAAUUUAAUAUUAGGGGCGUAAAAACGUAAAUAACUGCAGAAGCAUUAAAACAAUGAAAAGUUAAGAAGUACGUGGAAGAUUUAAAAUAUAAAAUGCAAAAGUUCUCGAAUCAUUCGGUUGAUCCUUUAAUCCCUUUUCUCCCGCAGAAAAAUCCAGAAAACACGAAAACUACCGCGGAACAUCUCGACACAUUUUAUUAACAAGUUUUAUUAGGUUAGCAGAUCCAUCUCGCGCAGUAGCUGGAUACAUAACUCGGCUAGCAAGCACACAACUGUUCGAGAGAGGGGUGUAUAGGUGCUGUUAGAGGACGAGAAAAGGGAGAAACGCACGGUGGAAGGGUGAGGGGCAGGUAAAUCCGGGUCACGCCGGGCCAGGAAGCAGUGACACCAAACUCAACCCGGUCACCCUUCGCGAACUGGGUCACCUUUCACCCUUAUUCCCUUCCUUUGCCCGCGAUUCCUCCUUUCCGAUCGUCUCGAUCCGGAAGAACAUGAAAUUCUUCCAUCUUCUUCCGCUUCCUGUCUUCGUUACAUCAGUAUAUUAGAUUUCUGCUGCUUUCCUUUUAUCGCCACUUGUUGUGUGCGCUAGUGUUUCCAUUGGUCAGUAUCUCCGCGUGUUACAAAGCACGGAUCAGCACCGCCUUGUAAUUAGUACACCGUGGAACGAUAUAACCCGUAAGUGGUCAGACGAGUAGAAUAUGACCGGUGUACGUUAGCGCUUAGAACUUCAGCGAUUAAGCUUCGAAAAAUUGUGCGGCGUUAAAUAGAAACGUCGUUAAAAAUGAAACAUCGAACGAAGUAAAUAUUUUUAACCGUUUUACACGGAAAACGAACCGUUUUGUGGUUACACCGACUAUUUCUUCUCAUAAAUCAUGCAUCGACCGCAAUGUUUUCACCAUCGAGUAUUUGUGCUCGGAUAAUCCUCGAGUUUCUCAUUUAUAAUGUACGCGUGGGAGGUUUUGUCGAUGUUUGAGGGUGAAUUUCAUAAACGUACGAGGGCAAAUACAAAUAUAGCGCGUAUAACAAACGUAAAUACAAUAAAUAUAACAAGUAAACGGGACGCGAUACGUAUUAUGUACAGCGGUUUUUUAUGGCGGAUAUUUUGCCCGUUCGUUAGAAUGAAAUUGCAGAGAGUGUUGCUUUCCAUAGAAAAAUCUACCAGAGCGAUGUUUUUUUUACCAAGUAAAUGGAAUUUAUGACGAGGAAACGGGUCGUUAGCGUAAUUAAACGUCCAGUUGUUUUUCUGUUUAAAUAUGCUUCAUUUAUUAUUCUUUAUUUCCAUUUUUUAUUUUGUUCUCGACACAGAACUGGUAUGCACUUGUUUUCCCGUUUAACAGUGACAACUAAUGAUUCGCUUUAUUUCGAGGAUUCGAUUUCAUCCGAUUCGAUUGAACGCGAAUGAUUUCGCACGAUAAAACUUGGAACCGUUCGAUUGUACACGUUUUAAUUAAAUUCUACGAAUAUAGACACUAGAUAUUGCAAAGUCUCCAUUAAACGAUUCGGUGACUGAAAAUCAUAUCCGAUCGAUCGAUGUCGAAGAAGAAUAUUUUUCGACCUCGAUAUUUCGCAACAUCUAUUCGGAGAAAUACGAAAUCGUUGGAUUUGCCAGCGUUCGAUCGUUUCGAGGCGAGAGGAGAGAAUUUCACACGCGUGGGUUUCGAGAACGUCCGCUUAAGCUGAAGCUUUUUGCGCCGCGUAAAUGGAUAAAGAUCGAGGACGGCCACGUCGUUUGCGAUUCCCUGGAAAAUGGAAUGCGAUCCACAAAGAAACGGGGAGUGGCUGGUGCGGUCGUUGAAAGCACUAUCGAGGGAAAAUACGAAGGAUACAAAGGCUGCUCGUGUUGACCAUUGCCUCGAUGGGAAAAUAUCUUUCUCUGGAAGCGAUGCUUACUCCAUCAAGUAACCGGUGAAAUUUCUGAUUUUGUUGCCACCGUAACUUAAUAUCCUUUGAUCCACUCCGUGUCUCGUGUUUAACACUUUUUUAACCUGUCUUCAUUUUCGCUUUGAUACCACGAGUGUCUCUCGCUCAACGUAUAAACUUCUAUUACGCGACAAUCGAGUUUGUCGUUCGUCUUUAACAUUGUUUAAUCGUCGAAAUACAAACGUGUACGAACGUGUGAGAAAUCGAAAAUAUCAGAGAAUAUUUCUUAACGGUUAAUCAAAGGAGAUCUCUUCCCAGCGAAUAAUAUUGAAUGACGAGGAGAGAAGUUAAAAAAUGGUUGCAAGGAAGAAGGAUCUGUAUGGGUCGGUGCAACGGAUCGAGGUCACGUUCUUUUUUCGCGUUCACCUGAAAGGGAGAAUUACAGGAGCUUGCAGUUCGUGUCCGUAUAUAACGAGGCUUCCCGCGAAUAGAAAAAAAAAAAUGAAAUUUCGCAGGACACGUCGUAAAAAAGGUUCUCAUUAUUCAACACCAUCGAUCGCAGAAAAUUCAAAGCGAUAACCAGACUGGAAUGAGAAAUCGGCAUUCGACGAACGAUAAAAAAUCGUCGAUGAUCGGUGCAAAUUCUUCCUAAAAGAAUUUGGUUCAAUUUGAUCCUUGUCUCACUGUCUCUCGUAUAACGCGAUACGCCAGGGAGAACAUUACCGAGAUAAUAACGAAAAAAGAAACGAGAGUUUUUCGAAAAGUGGAAUUUUGCCAAAGAAGUUUUAUCGAGAAGAUUCGAUUUCAAGGAAAUCAGCUGCUUAGCCUUCCGAAUUAAUAAAACAGAACCUCCCGAAAAUUAUACCGAGGAAAUUUGCCAAAAACCCACUUUGCAAAAUAGAAUAUUCGCCAGAAUAUUGUUAUGACCAGUCUCGAAGCCAGAAACAUGUCAGAAUGAAAAUGACCCACGAGAUGAACAAACAACGAAUCGAAGAACCUUGAGUUUCGUUCAGUUCUCCGCGUUCUUCGGUCUUCCACCGUAAACUGGAAUAAUAUUUCGUGUACUCCUCCUAACGAAGUUUAACGUCGAAAAUACCUCGAAAACGAAGGAAAAGAACGGAAGUGCGAAAAAUCGAUGCAAUACUCGCGCUGUAAACAACCCAACGACGCGAUCAAUCGGUCAAUUUAUCGAAUUAGAAACUCGAUCAGGAAUUAUUUAGUCCGCAUGUGCAACUCCGUUAGAACGGAAUCGCGACGAAACGAAAUUGCGGUGUGCCGUUGUUUCGAACUAUAAACGAUGUCCCCGCAACAGUAGCGUAAAAGGUCUCGAACGAAACGGAAACCGAGAAGAUUAAAUGUUCCGGUCACUCGACGAAGAUCGAAAACUUGAUCGAUCGAUUAACAAUAUUAAUUACGCGACGCUCGAUUAACGCGCAAGCGGAACAACGAAGUAUAAACUCUGUUGCAAAUAAUUGUCCAUGAACAGGUUAUUCGGUCAUUACGCUCGAUCAAAUAGAACGUCCGCUCUGAAAGAGCAACAAUUUGUGUCUCCGACGCGAUACGAAAUCGAUCGCGGUAUCAAUUCGUCUCGCCAUCGUGCUGGAUUCGUGCUAAAACCGUGCCUUCACGAUUCUCCCCUAAAGCAGCGGCUUAAUUUCGACCGUUUCGUAACGAGCAAACGAGAACUCCGCUCUUUACUUUUCAUUUGUAGAGCCGCUUAGGGCGUUCGCCGACAAAGAAGAAUAAUCCACCGAUGGAAAAAGAUCUCUGGGGACAGGUGAACGGCCACGAUUCGUGCCACUGUCGCGAAGAACCGACGAAAUGACGGAAUUAACUCCAGCAGGAUUAGCGGUUCGUCUCCUCGGGAUCAACCGAACCUCGUGAUCAUUAAGGAUUACGCUCGCUGACGGUUUAAUACCGGACACCGAUAUCCGUCGCGUCCGUCCAGCGCCGCGAACAACUUCAGGAAAUGAAGCCCGCUCGCCUCGGAAAAUCGAUUUUAUAUUUUCCAGAGCGAGCAACGCGCGACCCGACGGCGAGGAUUAAGCUGGCGUAGGCGUACAACCCCGAUGAAAUGCGAGAAAGAGCUUCUAAAUAUCUCUCCGACCGCUGCUUUACCCGGAAACUGACAAUACUGCUGGCGGUUCGUGCUCGGAAAAGUAGUAUAGAACCGAUACGUGAUUGCGUAACAUAGGUAGUGUCACGUUGAAAUAUUAUUUGAUCGUGGAUAAUUAAGCAUUGCGGUCAUUGGAAGAUUAAGAAAGUGGUAUAUCGAGCAAGUACCGUAUAACUUCCGAAUGAUCGAACUAUGCUUUAGUGAUAUAACAAAGCACGAAUAUACUCGGAGGAGUAGCAUCGAUUUAAAGGAUUCGUUUCGACAAUUGAAAGUUCGCGUGACAAUGGAUAGAGUGUCGUCCACGAACAAUAAUUCCUUUCAGUUGCAAAAUCAAGGAAUCGAACCGAUUGUAAGGACAGUUUCCAAGGGCGAUUGGUUAUGCAAGCGCCAGUCAAUUAUGCUAGCGUCGAUGUACAAAGCGCGUUCAGUUUUCCAAGGCUGCCGUUUCUUUGCCCAGUUCGAUUACAAGAUCGAGCUUAAACGCUGUUCAAUAUUCAUCCGGGCGGUUCGUUUAAAGGAAAUCGCUUCCAAGGAGGACAUGCAUUAAUUACAGGCGUUGAAAGAACGCCAAAGAAGUUUCCGAUUAGUUUGACUGGACAGCUCAAAGCACUGCCAUGCGCGCUGGGGAAAUGCAAGAAUCAUUAAUUUAAAAAUAUGUCGGAAAGACGGUAUUCGAAAAACGAAAUCGUUAUCUAUAUUCGUUAAUCGUCGGGCAUCAGUUUCCAGUCGGUUCACCGCAUCGUUCAGUUUCUACGCGAUUGUUUCGCCACUUUUCGCGGAAAAUAAAAAUCUGAUGACCACUAUCCUUGUACCACGAUCCCUGGCUUUGAUAUCGAACUGUCGAUACGUCGACGAGUCGAUUCGACGAUGUAGCUGGAUUUUUUGGCCGACGAUGGAUAAACAACGAAGGAAAUGGAAGCGGAAGAAGAACGCGACCUGGAUUCGGUAGGACGUAACAAAAACAGAGAGAUCGAGGCGUAAAAUAGAAGCCUCGUAUUUUCAUUGCCUUUUUUCGGCUCCGUCUACGUUCGCGGAUUAGAUUUUUCUCUGUCGACCUUAUCGUUGCAAAACUAUUCGAUUAAAUUCCGAUCAAGCGAACGUCAGACUCCAGCUCGCGAAUCAAAUAAAAUAAUCUUUCAUCGAGUUUAUCCGUCGACCGCGAAAAUCAGCGAAGAAUAAAAAUUCUUGAUGGUCUCGCGCUGCUUUCGCAUUCGGUCCACGCCGUAGGUCGAUUCUACUUUUCAGGUCAGACACGAUCAUAAUCUCCUUAUCGACGGCUUCCGUAACUCUCUGUCCGCAUACGUUCGUACCGAUUCUGUUGGUCAGAUUAGGUCAGAUUUAUUCCCCUUUCCACGAAUUCUACGGAUUAGUGUCUGACUUAUCGUACUUCGAUUCUACUGCCCUGGAAACGCACGGUUGCCAUUCAAUGCGACCGGCUUAUUAUUCCGUUACAAUUUCUGAUCACGCGCGGUCCCCUUUCUGCUCGUUUACAAACUCGUACCACUGUUCUGCUUACUCGACUUUUUUACUCCAUUCGACUUCGUCUACGCUUCGUUCGCUGACUAACCAUGCUCUUCUUCUACUUGGCCCAUGCAAUUCUUUUUCUUCUUCUCUUCGGAGUAAAUUGAAUUCUACUCCCGGUAUUAUCGUCGAUAAGUUAUCUUCCUAUCGAAGAUCUCAGAGAGAUUCGUAGCCUCUCCCUUGGCAUUUUUCAAUACGCGAAAUUACGUGUUAAUCAAAUUGAAAGAAAAAUACUCGAAAGAUCGAUAAAUGUUAUUAGCAUAAGCACAGUAGAUAGAGAAUCAUCGAAACGACCUUAUGUCGUAUCUAUACUAGGUCUGCAGGCGCAAUCGAUAGGAUGAAAAGAAAAUUGGAUUUUACUUAAUAGAGAGCAAGUUAAAAACGCGCUCGUAGGUUGAUCCAGUGCGACAUUCGACUUUCUCGCUUGAUAAUUAUUAACUUGUUGAAAAGUAUCGAAUAAUGAAGCGGAGAAAGCGUAUAAUGGUAUAACGUUGAAGGAAAGCAACAACAGCGAAGCAAUAGCAAUAUCGAGGCGAACAACGGUGCAUCAUAAUAGAGAAAAGCCAAUAACCCUCGUUCUUUCCGAGUGACCUACAUUCAAGUCGACCUCGCGGCGUCGAUACAACGCACAAUCUCGACGAGUACCUACUCAACCGACCGUCGAAUGCUUGGCUGCGUUUUUCGAAUGCCUUUCAUCGUAUUAUGCCGUCGUUGAAGAUUAUCAUCGAUCGACGACUUUUCGCGGAAAUGAUCCUUUGAGUUUCCAUCGCGAACACCGGCGACCGGUUCGCUCAUUUUUCUCCGUUUCGCUUCCGGAGAACUCCUCGCGCCGCUUCGGGAAAGCACGCGUCGCGUUCGAGAUUCCACUCGGUCGCUCCGUUUCGAUGACCGUCGGAAUUUGCGGAAGGUGUUUGCCGGCGGACGUUGAAUUCUUCAUUCUCGCGGAUAAGAUUUAAUAUUUCCUUCCGCGUUGAUGGGUUACGUCUUCUCUCCGCUACGAAUGUAUAAAUAUUCACUGGAGAACUUGGAACUCGUUAGCUUAACUGCUAAGGAUUAGUGUUCGCAGUUCAAGUUUCGAGGAUCAGUCGGAAACCGAGGUACAAUAUCUUCGGGAUUUCGUGUAUUAUGAAAGUUCCAACCUUCCGACGAAAAUUUAAUCCGAUAAAACUACCUAUGCAACUUUUAAUUACAAUUAAAUAUGCUGAAACUGUCUGUGCUAAUAGAAUUUUCACGUAGAAUUUAUACAUGACAAUUGCGCGAGUAGAACUACUCGGUACGUGGUUGGUCUUUGAUCAAACUAAUGGAAUAAGUUGAUAGGCAUCCAGAGGCAAGUAAAACGUGUCCGCUGACACUGAACACGAAUGUCCAAACCACUAUCACUGUAUAACUGGAAUAUUUCGACGCGUGUCGAGAACAGUAGGAUGCAAUUAUCAAGAUUUUGGGUAAGAUACAAGAGCCAUCUACCUUCGAACAAGUACUAUAAUUUCCGCGCGUAUUCAGACAAUUAGCGCGCUCAAAUUAAUGACGAGAACGAAACGAAAUGUUACAAAAUCAACGUCGGCGUAACUUUUAAUUGCGGGUAGAAUAUAAUGACCAUUGAUCAAAGAAGAGGAAUCUUGGAAACGACCAAGCCAGUAUUAUACAGUGGUGGCAGAUCAGACAAAUAUAAUAUAAAUCUAUUUAUAUAAGUCAUCAUUUGAAACCGUACUUUGAUCCGUAUCAUCCUCGAUCAGCCUGUCCCACGAAUUUCCUUCCAUCCUUCUAUUCCUGAUCAAAGCGUUAAGAGCCGUCUUUAAUUACUAGCCGCGCCUAUCAACUCCGCUCCAAUCUUCUCUGUUCCUCGCGAACGUUACGCUUCGAACACUCGUUAACUUCAUAUUUCGUCGUCAUCGUUCUCGAUAUUCAAUUGGAAGCCGGUAAAGUCGUGUCCCUCCCGUUAGAGACAGCCACGCUCGAGUCCUCUAACGAUCUCUCGUUUUAUCCGACGGUCAGCUCGAGGAAUAGCCAACUCUCGAUACUGUCGUCGUCGACAAAGAAGUCGAGGACCGUAGGGAAACGAUUCGCAGCGAGGAAGAAGCAAAGCAGCCGGAACGGUCGCGAGCAGACGAUAACGCGACGGGCAAAGAGGCCGACGAGCCGAUGCACCGAGCGGAGGAAAUGACGAGAGAACGGCGGAAACCAGAAAUUCGGUCCGCUGGCAGCGAACCGGGCGCAGGUGGGUGGCUGACGGAAGGUCGACCCGGGGGUUCGAAAACCGGGUCACAACCAGGUCACUGAGCCACCCUUCCAUCGAGGCGUCGCCUCGACGACAAAUAAAAUGGACCGAUCGCUGCACGAUUAAUUAUAAAUAUCGCUCGUCGACUGCCGCGAUCCUCGCGAUUUGCUGGAAUCCAAGAAAUCGCGAUAUUAUGCGCUUUAUACAUAAUGCACGAACCAGAAGUUUCCUAUACUUUUCAAAAGUACCUAUGCAUGCUUCUCGCGACGCUUUCAACCACCUACCCGUAUAAAGUUACCGGUGAAUCGUCGGCUUUAUUUUAAAUGGGUCGACAACUGAUUUUAGGUCAUCGAUUGAUUUUGAACAGGUCACGAGACGAUUUCCCAUGGAUCGCCAGUUAAUCUUCAGCCGAGUCGUUAACGGAUCCUGUCUGCGUUCUGCCGAUUCCGGGUAGAAUCGCAGCUGAUCUUGGAUGAUGGUCAGACAAGUAGUAUAGGUUCUUUGACUAAUUUGACAAGCGGAAUCGUGACUAUUUUUACAGAAAAACGCAUAGUACGAAGCUAAUUUAUUCUCCGCAUUUCGAUUCAAUUCAACAUCCCAUUUUUUCCGCUGCACCUUGACGAAUGCGCGAGCUCGUGUAAAUGGAAAUAUUUCUCAAAGUCUUUUUUUUCGAGCGGGUGCACACUCGCAUCGAUUUCCUCCGCGUUUUUAACAUACGCUUUUCUCUAAAUAGGUACUUCCAACCCUCCCCCACACACUUUUCCAUCGUAUAUAGGUAUAUACGUUAAAAGGGAUGCACCCAAACUCGCUCGCAUCUCGUGAAAAGCACAGCCAGUUCGCUUCCUACAACCAUCGUGUCUGAAUUUCGCUGUAAAUAGAAAGCGUUUCUGAAACGUUCCAAAUUUCAAAAGUUUCAGCGAGUUACACGCGUGAUACGGGAGAACGUACCGAGUCGUUUCUCUCGAUCGACCGACGAUGCGUUUAUUGGCCUGGCUAAUAAAGUGUUUUUCUUUCAUUAUCACGUUGAUUCACUUCAUCGAGAUUCGAUGCUUCUCAGCUCUUUAGAAUUAUUCCUAUAAUUGUAGCUGCGUUUAAACGUUUCUUUCCUUUUCCGUCCUUUCUUUUGUUUUUGAAGUCGUAGUCCUCGUAAUCGAUUACCUUGAGAAUCAUUUCUUUAUUACGCUGAUUGCUACUGUUUUUAAACGAUCGUCAUCGAAGGGGUUUCUUCGAAAGUAUCGUCUAUUUAAUAUUACACCGUGAAUUUUGAUCGUGGUUCAUUUGAGAACGGAGUUAAACGAAGCUCGGCUGCUUAAUCGGUUAAUAACAAACAUUUCUGAGCGAAAAGUUCGUUAAUUCGCGGCGUCGACCAAUUCGCGAGUCUCGCAAACUUUGCGAGCUCGUUAAAAGUGCAAGGUCUUACCGCUUUCAAAGAACCCAGGGACGCGAGAUAUUCGCGAAUCCAACGCCGGAGAAUAAUAAAUUACACCGCGAAAUCGAAGAAGUUAACGAACGCCAUGAAAUUAAUAAUCGAGGAUAAUUGGCAAAGUAGUCGUGUCGUAAUCACAGAUAUCUACCUGGUUUAAUCGUUCUGCGUCAGUCGAUUUGCGGUUUCGAAUUUCCUAGUUGCUCCAUUCGCAUCCAUGGCGAUGAAUAUCGAAGUACGUUCGUUAUCUCGCCUCGAUUAAAUUAGAGGACACUUUUUUCCUUUUUAUCGUCCUGGAAGGCUGUCCCGUUUUUACGUUGCUUUUAAUUGAUAGGCGAAGGUCUCGAGACGGAGAGGCUUCUUCGAAGAGCAACGUCGUUUCGCUCAUUCUUUUUUUUCACAAGAGUACCCUUUCGAUGUUCGAUUUAGAAAAUUCGCAAGUUAUCGGUAAAUUUACCAGCAUUUACGCCACGAUCACCAUCAUUCGAGCGGAAGGGUUAAAAUUUAGGUAGGAAAGGUGGGCAGAAUUUACCGAAGCAUCCCGUAAACAGUUAACCGGAAGAAGGGACAACCGCAAGCUCGGUUAACUGCGCGUUUUCUGCGAAAUAACCCUGAAUCGAGAAUGUCCCACGAAACGGUGCAAGGAUAAGUUUAAUCGAUACCUCGAGCUUCCUCGAAUUUUCAAUAAUUCUUUAAUUAAUAAACGUCUUGAAACGAAGAGAUGGGUUAAAAAGUUGCGUCGUUCCGUGCACGAAUAAAUGUUGUUGCACAAAGUUACAUUUUGUUAAAUGUCAAAUUGUAAAUGGUAACACGAGUGUAAUGGAACAUAAAGGGUUAACGGAAGAUCCAUGGUAAUCAUCGUCCUCAAAUCUCUAUGGUGUGUUUUCCAACUUUUAUACCUGAGAUUUAUUCAAAAGAAGCCACGUUUCCUCCUCUGUUAUUUCCCUCUCUUUUUCGCUGAAUGCAUGAAACGUGGGGUAAUUAGUAGCUACCAACCGAGCCACUUCAUACCACGACCUACUUUUCCCUCCCGAAAAGAUAAAUAAAUAAGAGCUUCCCGCCUUCUUCCUCUGCUUCUUUUUUUCGAGUAACUGGGACAAGAAGAGUAAUCGAUCUAUCGACCGGCGGAACAUGAAGCAGAAUAAUGUUAUAAUAACCAAGCUGGAAUUUUUAAGAUCGCAAAUGUGUCGAGAGAAUUUAUAUUUCGUAUAGGAAUGCAAUUUCUCAGAAAUUUAAGACGGGAAACAUAUUUCAUCCUCUAUUUUCUGAUUCACGGAAUAUAAUUAUUUUUCUGCUGCUGCGAUAUUAAAGUUUCGAAUCGAAACUAUUAUUUUAAUCGUCACGAUCGUUAGUAUGAUAAGUUUGAAUGAUUUCGACUAGAAAACCGUGCAAUUUGAUCCAUCAGGUAGGCUCCCACGGAAUAAAAUUUAACGCGAUAUUCUUGAACUGUGUAUUUAAUAGGGGAAUGGAUAUUUUUUUGCGUGGAAAGCUGUCGAAAGUGGGAAACGCUGUUGGAGUGAAAAUCGAGGAACAAACGAACGAAACGGAAGCACGAGAAACGCGAGACACGGACGGCAAAGUAAAUGAGCGAGGGAAAGAAAAGGGGCCAGAAUAAAUAAUUAAGCGGCCCCGCUUUAAUAUUCAGAACAGAAUGACGGAGGUGCGGAAGAGCGAAGGCGAGCUCUAAGAUAUUGUUCACGUAGAUGCAUUAAUUAAAAUUCCACCCUUUCAUCCGCUACCACCGCCAGCCUAACCACCCUACCUAACGCCACCAAGACAAACUGUGCAGAUUUCGAAUCGUUCCGACCCAUCUACCACCAACUACCGGAACUUCGCCACCAAUUCUCUUAAAAGGAAUCUCUCUGCUUUACGAGCCUCUCCUCUGUCUUCUUUCGUUCGUCCUCGCUCGUUUCUUCUUGCUUCUAACCUACAAUAAUUACAAUUUACCUUUCGUACGACUACUCUUCGACUCGAUAUUACUACCUACGUAAUAGUUGAAAUUUCUUAAUAGAGUCAACUAUACAUUGGAUCGAAACUCAUCGAGUCAAGCAUAGAAUUAUACGUAUAUUUCCACGAUAGCACAUAUUAAUAUCGGCAAAAUAAUUUCAAUAGAAACUCGGAGAUCGUAACAAAAUGCAACGUAUUCCGGAGAUAUUCCAGUAGAUUGAAAUCGCGACAAAGGAAGUGUCAAAACGCGAAACACACUCGGUUCGACGUAUAAACGUCCCGGAAGAAAAUUCCCCGUUACAUUUAUCGUCGGAGUUUCAGAUUCGUUCGCGCGACAACGCAAGGUGUUUCCUCUCUUUGCUUUUCCAUCCGGAAAAUUGCUAUUGACAGGAAAUUUUGAAUCGUGGUUCGCGUGAGCGAACACCGACGCGUAAGUCAUCGCGAGCAACGAUCAAACCGAAGCCGGAAUUUCUCUCGCGUCUUUCUUCUCCGUUAUUUAACCGUGACGGGAACGCGCGAAUUAAAUCAGUUCAUUGAAAAUUCAUGCCGGAUCGAAGUUAUUCGGGGCCGAACUCGUCGGCGACGACCACGUCGCGGUUGAAAAUUCUUCUUCGAGGAUUUUGCUUUCACAAAAAGUAAACGAGAGAAGAUUUUAGGAUUAACGGAAGGAGUGGCAUUCUAUGAAAGCCGACAGUUCGAUGAAGUUCAAAUGGGAAUUAAUGCAUCGGUGUUACGUGGUAAUGGCAGGUGACACGAUUCUGUCACCGAAGAUGAAGCUUAAUAGUUGCUCUGUACUCGCCGCGUUUGCGUCACACAUCGAUACCACGUGUUUGCUUUUAUACCUGGAUUAUUUACAAGCAUCCUUUCACCGACCUUCGUCGUUCCAUCAAAACUUCUUCGAUCGCGCGGUCCGUUAUCAUUUUCGUAAAACGCGUAAAUCAAUUCGAUUCGACCGUCGAUGGACAGCGGAACGAAUCAAUGGACGAAUAGUUAACCAGGGCGAAAUCGGAUCGGAACUCCCCCGCAACCCGAUCAAAUUUUCAUCGGUCCUAGUCACGUAAGUCGUUUAGAAUUUAAUUAUCAGAACGUUGCUAAGAAAGUUACAUCCGUAAGGAAACUGUUCGUCGCGUGGCCUACUUCGAUACACGUGUCAAAGUAAAUGCGAGCCUUUCGACUGCUUGUCCAAUUAGCAAGGCUUUUUAGCCGGCGUUUGAUUAAGCAGCAAAUUGCUUUCAGGCAAAAUUAGGAGGCGAAUAUUACAUAAAAAUGAUCGUGAGUGGGCCAACCAUGUAACAGAACGCUUUUGAUCAAGUUUUACAAGGUAUAUUAGCUUAUCGAAAAAUCAAUUGCAAUGCGUAAAAAUUGAACACGCAUCGGUGUUUAAGAAGACGAAGAAUGCCGAUAAAAGAGUAUAUUUCCUCAGUUUCUGCGAAAUCCAUGAAUCGACACGAGACAAAGGCUAAAAAUUAAUAACCGUGAAUCGUUUCCAGCUGAAAGCCGAAGAAAUAAACUCUUCUUCGAAACUCUCGAUUGACCAUUAAAAGAAACCCUCGACGCGGUGCAGCUGCAAGCCUCUGACAAACUUGCAGCUCGAAAUUGAAAUUGUUCCCGGUUCGAUGCCAAUUCCCGUUCUCCGAGUUUCUUCAAAUUAAAAUCGAGCCUAACUACGGCACCGUUCAAAACUAUUAGAUCUCUUUGUUCGUACAGAUGCCCGAACAAUUCGCCGCCCUUUUAAUCGAGAUAAAUAAAAUUAAAAUUAAAAUCAAUAUCGAAGCACUCAGUGUGUUGUGUGCAUCAUGAUUUUUUAAACAAUCCUUGUUGCCGAUGCUAAUGAACUUUGAUAAUUCGUUUAAAAUUUAUCGGCUAAAUAAUAUGUUGAUCUUCUACUUCGUUUAAACGUCCAAAGCAAUCCGUACGAUCAAAUAUGUACUUUGGACGGCGUUGUAACUCCGAAACGAAACGAAAACACACAAAAUGGAAGCCAGGGUUGAACGUAGAAAUUACUCUUUUCAAGCAAUCAUCCCUUCAACCUUCCGUUUCUCGUACGAAACGACGAGUUCGUGAAGCAACGUGAUUAAUUACGAUAUCGUUUUUUACUGUCGCGGUUCUCCGCCUCGAUUGCCACUUUACUUUUUACCCCAUGUCCCGAAUCGACGACGUUCUUCUACCUUUCGACUCUCUUUCUAAUCACUAGGUCGAAUUUAAUUAGCUAAACGUCCAUGUUACUGAUUUACCUCGGUGUUUCCCUAUUCGUUUCGCGUCCAAAUUUCGAUGACCAUUCACGACGAGUGAAAUACUAAUUUUUCACAGUUAAUGUAUAAUUGAUUAUUCGUAUUUCUAUCAAAUUGGCCAUACGGAGGUAUAUUUUCGAAUAAUGCUUGAAAUUCUUCGACACCGUGUAAAUUUGCAGCCAAUAACGCAACGUUAGAAGCAAUCGCGAGUGAGGAACGACUUCGUCGAGCCACUUCAGAAGCUUUUCAACGACGGUUUUCGUCGGAAACAGCGACUGGCUGCUUUCGAAGGACGUCGAGUGGAGGUGGAGGAGGAAGAGAGGCUUCAGAAGCGGGAAAUAUGUCGUCUGGUUGCGAGAAAAGUUUGUUUCUGACGAGUGAGAGGAACGAGAGAUCCGUUCGAGCUCGAUGGCAGACUCAUUGUUCUCUGUUGGCGAAGUUUAUACCUUCGUACCCCCCGUUCCGUCUCUUCCGACCCCCUUCCUCGCUAUUGCACGCUACCGAAUCGCACGAUAUUAAAUCGGGUUUCGCUUAUCCGCCGAGGGAGAAUUAUAUAAAGUGGCGGGAACGCGCUGCAAUUUCGAGGAUGAGUCAGACGCGUCGUCGCUACCACCGAUUCGGCGAAAUCGAAUUAAAAUAAAAUCGUGAUCUAACAAUUAUAAAUAAAUGCGCUUAUUUUCGAAAGAUGCAAACAUCUCUAAACACCUAGAAAUAAUAUUUAUCUUGGUCAAUUAAUUGAUCGCAGCCGAAUUUUAUUAUGCAACGACUGCAGUCACUGCCGAUUCAAAUAUCCGAAGACACCGCAGUCUGACCUGUUAAUAAUUUGACAAAAAUUGGUAAUCGACACUUCCGUUAAACUAUCGCGAACUCUAUUGAAAUAAUACGGCAGGUAAACUGCAACAGAGUUCGUCGACACUGAUUAAAAUUAUCCGAGGGAGCUGUUACAAUUGCUACUUGUGCAGAUGCAAGAAUGAACAUACGUAAACAAAAAGUACGAGUAGUAGAGUUUCUUUCGUUGCACUGUCUCGUUAGACGCGAGAGGCUGAAACGACUCCGUUAGUCGAGAGAGUCUCGAAAAGCACAUUACUCGUUGGUAAACAGAGAACGGGAGAGAGCGAAAAAAAAAAUGAGGAAAAACGAUCGUUCCACUGGCACCAGCACGCGGCGGUCACUUGUCAAAGCAAACGAGUUAACUCUUUAAGUGUCUACCUUGCGAUCGUAGGAAAACUCUCCGAACCGGAACAUGGAACGCGUGCGAUCCACUCGCCUCCUCUUUCCUCCUCGUCUCCUCGUGUGGAGGUCUCUGUGUGAACGUGUCCACCCGUUGACGACGAAACGGACGUGUCGAGCUUGCGGUCGCACGUGAACACCACGCCCGAGUGGCGCGACUGAACUCGUCUGAACCGUGUCGGAGCUUGACUCCACCGAGGCAUUCGGACCGGCGCUCUUGGACAGCUGGCGGGGGUAUUUUUGAACGGGUGGGGUUGAUAGAAGGGUUAGACAGAACGGGAGGGGUUGUUCGAGCCACCGGCAGAGGUGGUAACGUGGGAGGAGUUCGAGGGAGAAGGGAGAGAGGUGUGCAACGGUGAGAAUGAAACUAGGGGGUGAUAGCGUGAACGGACGAAGGGGCGGAAGGGUGCUACGAGAGGAGAAAAAUCGGGGAGAAUGAAGAAAGCGGGAAGGAGCGUGGAGGAGAACGGUUGCAGCGACGUGGCGGGAUUCCGAGUCGGGGGAAGUGAAUCGAAUUCGUAGAAGUAAUGGGAAAUUAGGAUUUAAUUCGUUAGUAUGGAACGUUACGUGGUCAGAAAAUUGACGCCUGUGGGAAAAGAUUAGACUAUCAAAUUGUGGAAGUACUAUGAAACGGUACAGAGCUGUUGAAAAAAUAUCGUAUGGCUGAUAGGUGGUCAGACAAGCGGUACGUGUAAUCGAGAGGUAUGUAAUUGGACACGUAGCGACGUAUGACUGGAAGGUGGUCAGACAAGUAGUACGAGUCUCGUGGCUGAUGACACGAGUAGCACUACAACCAAGUAGCGCUUGUUUGUCGACAGACCAGACAAGUAGUAUGAAUUUGGUAUAUUGACACAAGGACCGUGUGUAUUCAUUAAUGUAUAAAUCAAUAUCGAAUUAAUAUGGCUUGAUUGAAAAUUCAGGACCAUCGACAACGAAGAUUCGAAAGUACUUGGCGACAGUAGACUUCCGGGUAGAGUUAACAUCGAGGUGUUUCUUACCGUUCAGACUCGUGUCUACAACCUCGAAGGAACGUAGCCGAACGCUUAAGCGGUUGCUAAUUGAUUAAUGUCUCGCGGUGCUUGGUUCGCGUGAAUUUUUAAUGAGAACCGAGCCUGAACGAGCCCCGGCCGACUUCAGAGUAGCGCGAUCGGCUUUCAAGAUGAUACUUUCGAGCCUGCUAGACUAGAGCUGGCCAGAGAGAAAAGCGCGAAGGGUACUCCAGUCUCUUUGUCCGCGAUGAAUGCUCCCUCCUCGAACAGGUAGCUUGUGCUCGCGAGAAUUUUCCUUCGAUUACACGAUGGAGGUUUAACCCUGUAUGCAUAACCUGACGGUGCAUAAACUAGCGCUGCAGCGGUAGCUGAUCAGACAAGUUGUACGAAAGUUGUUAGUUCGGACAAGCGAUAUGUUAGGUAAGUAGACAAGUGGUAUGCGGUUGUCAAGAGGUCAGAUAAGCAGUACAUGUAUAACUGGCAGAUAAUCAGGCAAAUAGUAUACGCCUAUCGGUGGAUUAUCAAACUGGUAUAUUACUGUUAAGUGACAGGACAAGCGGUACAUAAUCGGUACGUGUUUGAACCGGCAAUAUAGGUACGGUAGAUAAUGAAACUAGUAGAUGCAGGACAAGUUCUCUCGCAAAGAUGCUCUUCCCAUCGGACAAAAUUCCAUUAAAACUUUCCGUAUUUCUCGAAAGUGCACUCAAUAUUUUGACCAACAUUUUAAUUCGAUAUUUCUACGUUAUCCCGUAGCGGUACGGUGCAUAGAUCCUCGAAUUGGAUAGAAUUAUAAAAAAAUUAGCUCGCCGACAGAGAAGGUAAUCUCCGAAGCAGAGCCUGACUACGCUCCGCGAGCUAUCCUCUCGAUUACUCUCGGAAUUAAUGUAUAAAUUAGGUAGACACGGGUAUCGGCUUCGGUCGGGUCUACGUUGCCCUAGAUUUCGAGCCUCUCGAAUGUCGGCCCAUUGACCCUUUGCUCGGCUUUCGGUUCGAAAGGGACGGCAAUAAAGUGGGAGAGAGGUUUGGCACGGUAGAAAUUCGCGGACCACGCGAAACGACUAAAAGAAAGUACUCGGCCGACGAUAAAGCCACGGCCCCGAGAUCGAUGGGGUCGUAUUAAUUACAACAGGCCGGAAGAGCACUCGCGGAACACGGCCCUUCCGGCACACUCGAGCGUGCCGCGAGACGAAAUUCGCCACGACGGCGGAAAAAAUGUUGCUCAGGGAGCCAGCUACUCGUCUCGUUCGAGCACAAAGUCCAAGUGUGUUGUGCCACAAACUGCAUCUCGUGUGGAUUGUAUGCGUGUGCAAAGAGGCUUCCGGUGCUUCCUGUUGCCAGCACCGCGAUGGAUGUGCCCAACGAUGAAUAUCAACGACACCGGGGUACGUGAGACUUUUGUUGAACAGUUCCGUUCGGGUACAUUCUUUCCUUCUAUUUCCCGUCGAUUCUUUUUUAUGAACGAACUUUGAUUAACGGCGGUGAUCGAGCAAUCGUGAACCGUUCGAAAGAGAAAUAUCUGAACGACAAGAAACUUAAGGUUCGUUUCAAAUAUCAAAUCAUUAGUGUGAACCGCGACCCUUUCGAGAAUCGACUUGAUUCGAAAAAAUGGCUAGAAAGACGCGAAGAACAUUUCUAAGAAAAUAUGUAUAAGUUUUAAAAUGCGAUAGCAAUUUUAUAAAGUAAUAAGUCACCUAUGUACCGAUCUAAAAUUCCAUCGCGCGGUUGCACGAUGAUAGAUAGCACGGGUUUUACGCAAUCCCGGUUCACGCGAUCGAAGAAAAUUCCAAGAAAACCAGAGUACCGUGGCAGGAUAGUUUUCCACCGACAAAAGAAGAGAAGAAAAAAGAGAAGCGGGAACUUGUCGUUGCAUUCUUGAGCGCGCUAGAACGUAACACGAGGAACGCUAAGAAGGGUGGAAACGAGAGGGUGAAAGUUCGACGAGGGUAGGGAUCGUGACUUCGCGGAGCGUCGACCAGAGGGCGGUGGAUUUCCAACAAUAUGGCCGUCUAACAUCGACACCCCGUGCAAGUCUCCACGAAGCUGACCAGCCGGAUUUCGAGGUGAAGGACCAGUUCGAACGACCAAAUCGACAAGCAUCCCUAAUUCCAAACGAUCGAAAGGAAAGCUAAAACUAUUCAAACUGGCGCCGUUCAAGUUUCCCUUCUCGAAAAUGUCCAAGUCCCGCAGCAGCGAGGAAAAGGACCGGGACAAAGACAAAGAGAAAGGGUUAGAAAACGAUACAGAAAAGGACAAAGAAAGCGACAGCGAGAACGAAGAGGAGAGAAGUCGUCAUCACGAGACAAACGAGGAGAAGUCUAAAGGACAAAACGUUCAACUACCUAUGAAUCAACUGCGAUUGACCAACGAAACUGAUUCCAAUUUAAAGUCGCCGAUAUACGAUUCGAACAGUCUGAUAGCGAAGAACGAUCCAGCCAUACCGAGCUCUCCUCCACCGACUUACGAGCACGUUAUCGAACAGACGCGACUGGAACACGCAGCCGAGGCGCAGAAGUACGAGAGUGGGAAGAGCCUCGGAAACGACGCGUCUGGCGAAGAUAAUAGAACAAAAGCACCCAAGAUCCUUCACAAGUCGAGCAAAGAGUUGUACAGGGCGGUGGCGAAACAGUGGGGCAUCACUUGCAAGAUGAGCGACCAUUGUAGAUGCUUGGAUUGUCAGAGUCGUUAUUUCGACUGCGAAUACGACAAAAACGAGCAUCAGAAGACUGACGGUGGACUCGGUGCUGGUACGCCGAUGUUUAUCUCGGAAGUGAUGCAAGGUUCCGGUUGCGUGCUCCUCUAAAGCACCGGAACGGCGAGACGGUCUUUGCGAGCGUUUCCGCAAAGAGGUUCAAUUGAUUGCGCACAAAACCACAGCUCGGUACAAACACAUUGUGGUCCUUCGACGCUUUGCGAUCAAACGAUCGGCCAGCUGGGAUCUUCUGAAACACUUCUGAAACUCCUACGACAGAAAUAUUAUAAAGAACUCUUUGUGAAUUUUUAUUUGGAAAACUAGUUGCUUGUAUGUAACCAUUCGCGUAUUCUCGAGAAAGAACACGAUAAAAGUGGAUGGUAGUUUGUAUUUUUGUCAGAUGAACUUGAUAUUCAAGGUUAGAUCUUUAACGUCUGAUGGAAGCUGUGCGAACGGUCCAAAUAUGAAUUCAGGAAGGAUUGUAUUUCUUUUUCUUUGAAAUGCCCUGAACAUUUCGAUCUGUCAAUUUUCACUUGGUGGUAGAUGAUUAUUGGCGAACGCUCGACCAAUUCGUAGAAUUAAUAUUUAAAUGUCAUCAUUGUUGGACUCUGUCGCCUACACGCUAUAGAGGAAUCACGUACAACCGCGUGCAACGUGGGUUUCCUUCGGAUCACGCCUGAAGAUUCGAAAACGGCACGAUGGUAUCGAACAUAUUCUCUCUAGGAGGUCAUGACUGUCAACGGACAUUAACCUAAAGAAGCCUAUGCUGCACUCGCCUGUACACGUAUAUUUCGUCUCCCCAGAUCGACAUCAAAUUCUGUUAGAUUAAUUAACUGAAUUAGCUGGAUCAAUUUGCGCGACAAAGUCGCCGUACACGGAGUGUUUUUGAAUCUUUUACAGCUUUUCAGUCGAUCUAGACGACCAUUCGGAUACCUCGUCUGGGGAAUAAAUGAAAAACUUCAAGUUAGACUUAAUAUUAGCUACGUUAUAACGCAGUGUGUACAAGUAAUCUGGAAAUGUAACUACCUUUUUGCUCCGUUAGAUCAUUUUUUCUGAGCCUCUUGUUCGAGAAACGACAUUUAUAUUUAAAUACUUUUUGACUAUCACACUCUUUACACUGUCUCAAUAUUUACAAAAAUUCAAAUCAAUUUCUUACAUAUCUGUCUUACUGUAAUCGACAGCCAUUUUGUACUAUGAAUACUAACAGAAAACGGACGUGUUCAGUUAUUUUCCUUGAGCUUUAAACUUCGACAACGACGGGCUGGCCUAGUUUAUUCGAUACUUGCACCGUUUACAUUUUGAUAGGAGGAAUGCGCAUGCAUUAAUGUACACGCAGUAACGAUGUACAUUGUUACUAUAAACAUUAAACUGUACCUACAUUAUGUAGAAGAGAUCGUUUCUCGAGCAAGAAGAUGAGAUACCGUACGACAGAGGCACCUAGAUAUUAUACGUGUAAUUUAACGAUCGUAAACUCCAUCGAUUUCGAAGGAAAUCGAGACUCGAAACACAUGAAAGUAUUAUAGUAUCGAGCGUCGAGCGAUAACGAAAGAAGUAGCAAAAGAUGCGAUCGUAUCGUCCACGAUCGAAGAUCGGGAAUCGAUCGAGUCAAUCUGAAACAUAAUACAGUACCUGCCUACAUAUAUGUAUGUACAUUUGUCUCUUCGAGAUACAAUACUUGUUACCGAAGAUACUCAAGGUUCUUUUGUACCUCGCGGCAAGAACACGAGAGACACGUCACGAUCGCGAACGGAGGAGUCCAGGAAGAUUUUUGCAAUGCCAAAUAUGUUUUUUCUAUCGACGGGAUGCCGUCUUCUUUUUUACGAACCGUGCGCGAUUCUAUCUUCUUACGACGCGAAACGGUUGUUUGAAACGUCGAGAAACUUUUCGCUAUUCCUUCGCUACGAUCACAUUUCGAGUCCUAAAGUUACAAAUAUUUCAGAUUCUAAUGUUAAGAAAAAAUAAGGAGGAUUUCUCGUCGAGGCAAACAAGCGAUCGCGCUAAUUACACGAUUUUCACGAUCAUUUUCACGCAUAUACGUUUCACUCGUUUCAUUUCACGAUUAAUCAAAAUCUUUAUAAAGGUUACGUAUGUGUGUGCGCAGAAGCGAACUGAAAAGGUGUCAUGGAAAGAUGAAAAUGAAAAAAUAAAAUGAAAACGCGAGAUGUAUAGUAUUUUUCGCACCGCGGACUUGUCAUUAACGUUGUCGUCGGACCCACAAACGAUACAAAUUAUAAAGAUUAUUAUUAUUAUUCUCUGUAAUGUGUAAUAUAUAACUUGUAAUACUCGUAAUAUAUUGUAAUAAUCGUAUCGAAACAUUUAUAUUAUUACGUAACUAUGUGAUGAUUGUAUAUUGGAACGGCGAAAUGUAGAACGAUGUAUUUAAUUGCUCGAGCGAAUUUUCUGUGCGUUAAGUCAAAUAUAUUUUAAUGUCGCACGAUAAUCCGACGAUGAAAUUAAUCCAGCCGUAUCUUGACACCUCUAAGAUCAUCAGAGAUUUUAACGACUUAACGCUGAUACAACCAACACGAACUUUGGAAUUUCUGUAUUUUUGAACAGCGUUAAAACGAAAGAGAAGACCGUAAAACUGCAAUUAGACCUGUUAUAAAGAAAAGUGUGUAAACAUUGUCUUUCGUCGUUGUUGCAAAUCAUCAAUUGCCUCGCAACGAGACCAUAUACGUACCGUCGUAGGACACAGAUUCUAGGAUAAGCUGCAGUUUCGAAACAUGACACACACACAAACACACACACACACACACACGAUUGAAGAAAUUUGCUUUUUCGUUUUGGACACGUGCGAUCUCGCAGCCUGAGCAGCGCGUGUAUGUAUGUCAUUUAUUCCGCGUAUGUGUACGUUGUAUAGACAGCAAAAGGAACGAUCGUCCUGCAAACGACAAGUUCCAUAGAGAACGUUGACUGUAAAACUCGAUGUAUUCUGGUAAGUUCGCACCAAUAAAAACAAGAUGGCCUAAACUAUUAUUGUCCGUUUGAUUCUUUACACUA